AUGUCGUGCUCACUCAGACUCCCCACCACAAAAUCAUUACCACGCAACCUCACAAACGACUCAACUCGAGAAUCGGAGUCAAUGGCCCUCGACUUCUCCGCCAAUGUCUGGCAGCAAGCUAGAGCUUCUCUGAGCCUUCUCAGCCGAGAAAUUUCCUGCAUAAAAAAACCGGAUUCCGGCGCCGGCGGCGAGUACUCCACCGGCACUGUGGAAACCCUCGUGACGGGGGCACAUGAAACCGUCCUGAUUGAUAGAGGGUACAAAAGAGGAAGAGGAUCGAGAGUUGGGAGAAUUAGAGUGAGAAAAGGAGUUCCGGAGGAGGAACAUCGAAUUGGCGCGUUUCGAAUUCAAGGUAAAGAGGUUGUUGUGAUACAGCGGAGAACUACUAUGUGCCGCCAUUACCUAGAGGAAAAGUACCGUGGGACUCAACGGUCGAGUCAUCCGACUCAUCUGGUUUUGAUUGGAGGACGACGAUCUCGAACGUGGUCCCGGCCAAGGACUCCAUCAGGCGCUGCCACUCGAGGUGAUUGGAGCAAAGGCGGGGAUUGGGUAGAACGGCGGAGAUCAGUGGCAGGUGAUCACGAGGCCGGCGAGGGCCGGGAAUUAGUUGGUGGUUUCCUGCCUCAGUUUGACUGGUAG